UUUCAGCUCGCAGACAUGCCAACUCCUGCUGUUACAACUCCUGAGUGGGACGUACUUCUUCAAGUGUUGCCGCCCUUUCUUCAUGAGUUAUGGCGUUAGACGACGACGGGUCCAUCAUUUGGCGUUAGACUACUCGCAGCGCGCGCACAAGGGCGCGCUUAUGCUGACGGAAGGUACCUGCAUCUCGGCCGAGGCGCACGGGUACCCCGACACGCCCGGGAUCUACACGAACGCGCAGAUCGCGGCGUGGAAGCCGGUGAUCAAGGCGGUGCACGCCAAGGGCGCGCUGCUCUACUGCCAGCUGUGGCACGUUGGACGCGCGUCGCACCAAGAGUACCAACCCGAUGGCGCCGCGCCAAUGGCUCCGUCCGCCAUUCCGAUUGUUAGCGAGGUCAAAGUGUACAUCAGCACCGGCCCCGCGGACUAUCCCACGCCUCGGGCCAUGACCGGCGAAGAUAUCAAGAGGGUGACGGAGGAGUUCCGCGUGGCAGCUCGCAACGCAAUUGACGCCGGAUUUGACGGCGUGGAGGUGCAUGGAGCCAACGGGUAUCUGCUGGAGCAAUUCAUUAAGGACGGCAUCAACAAGCGCGAGGACGAAUUUGGCGGCUCUUUGGAGAACAGGCUGCGCUUCCCCCUGCAGGUCAUCAAGGCGGUGGCGGACGAGGUGGGGGCCAGCAAGGUGGGAGUGCGCCUGUCACCAUACAGCACCUUCCUGGAUGCUUUCGACUCGGACCCCGUGAGCACGUACCUGCGCCUGGUGGAGCACGUGGACGGCAUGGGGCUGGCGUACCUGCACUUCGUGGAGGCCCGCGUGGGGACUGGAGUAGACAUGGAGGAUACCAAAGAGACUCUGGAGCCCUUCCGCAAGGCAUUCAAGGGGCCCUUCAUUGCUGCUGGCGGCUAUAAGCGUGAAAACGGCAUGGCAGCCAUUGAAGGUGGGUCGGCGGAUUUGAUCUCGUAUGGCCGUCUCUUCCUGGCUAAUCCCGACCUGCCAAGGCGCUUUGAGCUAAACGCACCACUCAACUCGUACGACCGGAGCACCUUCUUCUGUGCGGAGCAGGUCAAGGGGUACAUUGACUACCCUUUCCUGGAUGAGGAGCCCAAGAAGGAGUAGAAGAAGCCCAACGGGGUCCUUGAAAUGGGGAUACGGGGUGAGCCGCUCAACCUGCUCAACCGCAGAAGCAAGGAUGACCCAAGCCAAGGAUUACAUUUACUACCGUUUCUUGGAUAUGCAUUGGUAAGUAGGGGAUUGGGGAGUGGAGACAAAGAGCCCAAAAAGGGUGGGUUAUUGUCACAUUAUAGUGAAUUGCAUUAAUGUAUGCACUUGUUUAUUUAUUAAUGUGGUUUGAGC